CGUGUAUUUGUGUCGGACAAAACGGCGAAAAAAGAGAGCGGCAGAGAGGAGCCGACGAAGCCGAACCAGUGCCGGCACGGCGGACGGAGAAACAUGGCAGGGAAAGCCGGCGGACUCAAGGGGGUUGCCCUCAUCGGCGGCGGGGCCAACAGCACGGUCUCCGGCGCCCUACACUUCUUCCAGGACCCCACCACCGGGUACACCGAGGUGAGGGGCAAGGUCACGGGCCUGGCUCCGGGCAUGCAUGGAUUCCACAUCCACGUCUUCGGCGACACCACCAACGGCUGCAACUCCACCGGGCCCCAUUUUAACCCUCACAAUAAGCCCCAUGGAGCACCAUUUGAUGAUGAACGACAUGUGGGUGACUUGGGAAACAUAGCAGCCAACAAAGAUGGAGUUGCAGAAGUGUUCAUAAGGGACCUACAGAUUUCAUUGAGUGGGCCUCAUUCCAUACUGGGAAGGGCAGUUGUUGUUCAUGCUGAUCCUGAUGAUCUAGGGAGGGGUGGCCAUGAACUCAGCAAGUCAACAGGAAAUGCAGGAGCUAGAAUUGGAUGUGGUAAAGACAAAGCCUUUCUGUAUUGUUGCAAGCUGCAGGUAUCAUUGGAAUUCAGUCUUCAGUUUAACAAGUACCAGCUUAGUUCCAUCAGAAAAAAAAGGACCAAAGGAUAUGUCAUGGUAUAUGCAGAUAGUGCGGAGACAUGGAAACGAUGUGCAUUGUUCUGGACCUGGACCAUUUCAAGACUAAACAUUUUAGUACCCUUACUGUCUUCAGUGAUGUAUACAAUAAUCUUAUUACUAUCGGAAUAAGAAGAAAAUUGCCAGUAGAUUCUUGCA